AUGGGUGAGUUGCAAAGGCUCAAGGGCUUCAAUGUGGCCAACCACUUUGAGAAGCGGGGCCUUCUCAUUGCCAUCAACAGCAUCGCCGCACUGAGCAUUUUCUUCUUUGGCUACGAUCAAGGUAUGAUGGGAGGUGUGAAUACGGCGAGGGAUUAUGUCGACUUGAUGGGGUUUGGUCAUGUUGAAGAUGACGGCACCGUCGUCAUAACUGACAGUCUACUUCAAGGCGGCAUCGUCUCUGUAUACUAUCUAGGGACACUCUUCGGGUGCCUCCUUGGUGGCUGGGUCGGCGACAAGGUUGGUCGAAUCAAGACGAUUGCCCUCGGGGCAUUGUGGGCUAUCAUCGGUGCCACCCUCCAAUGCUCAGCCCAGAACCACGACUGGAUGAUAUGCGCGAGAGGCGUCAACGGGAUCGGCACCGGUAUUCUCAACGCCAUUGUACCGGUCUGGGCAACAGAAACGGCAGAGCACACGUCUCGUGGUCAGUUCAUCGCCAUUGAGUUCACCCUAAACAUAUUUGGUGUCGUAGUAGCAUAUUGGCUUGAGUUUGGGCUAUCAUUCAUAGAUGGUGGCAAGUCACCCAUUAGAUGGCGCUUCCCCAUCGCAUUUCAAAUCAUCCCGUUGCUCGUUCUCCUCGGCGCGGUCUGGUUCUUUCCAGAGUCCCCUCGUUGGCUCACCAAAGUUGGCCGCGACGAAGAAGCUCGUUAUAUCCUGCGCCGCCUGCGCGGUACUGAUGCCGAAGGAGAACCUAAGGCUAAUGCUGAAUACCACGAUAUCCGCAACAUCGUUGCGCUGGAGGCUAAAGAAUCAUCUAACAACUCGUAUCUCCACAUGCUCUUCGGUAUUGGCUCGGGCGAGUUGCACACUGGAAGGCGUGUACAGCUUGUGAUUUGGUUGCAAAUUAUCCAGGAAUGGGUUGGUAUUGCAGGUGUCACAGUAUAUGCGCCAACUAUCUUCGGAAUUGCCGGCUAUGACUCUACAAAGAGCGCAUGGAUCAGCGGGUUGAACAAUAUCUUCUACAUGUUCGCGACUCUUAUUUGUGUCUUCACGCUCGACCGGAUUGGACGACGCUGGACUCUAUACUGGGGCGCGGUUGGUCAGGGUAUUGCUAUGUUUCUCGCCGGAGCAUUCUCUCGCCUUGGUCAGGACGCAAGCAACGCGGGCGAUUCGGCAAAAGCCGCUUCUUACGGAGCAGCGGCCGCAUCUUUCGUUUUUAUAUUCACAUCCGUCUUCGGCGCAACAUGGCUCACCGUCCCUUGGCUGUAUCCAGCCGAGAUAUUCCCAUUGCAGGUCCGAGCCAAGGGCAACGCCUGGGGCGUGUUUGGAUGGUCCAUUGGCAAUGGCUGGUUAACACUUUUGUGUCCAGUCAUGUUCAAUGCUAUCGGCGAAAAGACUUUAUAUAUAUUUGGAGCCUGCAACGUCGUUGCUAUUCCCAUCGUAUGGGCGUUCUAUCCGGAGAGCAAUCAAAGAACAUUGGAAGAAAUGGACCUCUUGUUUGCAGCACAAACACCUUGGGUCUGGGAUGCCGAAAAGACCUUCACGAGACUGAAAGCGGAACGACCGGAGCUCUUAGAAACGGCACACCGGGGCGAACGUGCCUUCGACACCGAGGCUGGGGUGAUAACCAGUUCCGCGGACAAGGAAGCCGGCGAGGUGUCAACAAGUCAACACGCAUAA